GUAAAUAUCCGACCAUGGUGAAAUCCUAUACGAAGUAUGAGCAAUCCAAUGCCUUCGGCGUAGUCACCUCCGGCUCGUCGAACAUCGUCUGGAGUGCGGACGAGUCGGCGCAGAACCGCAAUGGGUUGCAGACGAGUACGGGCCUCACCUUCGUGGGGGCGAAUGAAGAUGUUCUUUGCUGGGACUUGAAGAAAGGCGAUCUGAUUUCCAGAUGGCAUGAUAGCGGAUGCAAGAGCGAGGUUACGGUGAUUGCGCAGAGCAAAACGGAUAAAGAUAUAUUCGCUGUGGGGUACGACGAUGGCAGUAUACGAUUAUGGGACUCGAGAAUGGGCUCGCAGCUGAUCACAUUCAAUGGCCAUAAAUCAGCAGUUACCUCACUCGCCUUCGAUCUGUCAGGGGUUCGGCUAGCGAGUGGUUCCAAAGAUACUGAUAUUAUAAUUUGGGAUCUGGUGGCUGAAACCGGGGCUUUCAAGUUGCGAGGUCAUAAGGACCAAGUCGUCUCAUUGCAUUUCAUUAUCCCGAAAGCUUCUGCAGACGAAGAGGAGGACCAGGCUGCACUCAAUGACGAUGCGACUGGCGGGUACAUAUUAUCUGCCAGCAAGGACGCGCUGAUCAAGCUAUGGGACCUCUCUUCUCAACACUGCAUCGAGACUCAUGUCUCACAAUCGAAUGGAGGAUGUUCCGCUAUGGGACUAUCAGCGGACGGCAACGCAUGCAUCACCGCGGGGAGUGAAGGCGAACUCAAAGUCUGGUUGAUCGAUCAAGCCGGGCUCCGAGAAGCGUCACGAAAUGUCCAAGACUCGACCGGGAAGAGUUUCAUCCAUGAUCGAGGUACCUUGAGACGGUACGAGAAGGACCGCGCCGUCGGUGUGAGCUUCCAUCCUCGGUCGAACUAUAUCGCCAUCCACGGCUCGGAGAAGGCAGUCGAGAUAUGGAGGAUGAGGUCCGAAGAAGAGGUGAUCAAGGUGCUGGCGAGGAAGAGACGGCGAGCUCGGGAGAAGGCUCUGGUCGAAGGAAAAGAGGAAGAUGCCUUGAAAGAUGUGGCCACCGCCCAAUUGACCGAUCUAUUUGUUCUGCAUGUCAUCGUCCGGCCGUCCGGCAAAGUUCGAUCAUGCGACUGGAUGAACGUCCGCUCUUCGAACGCCAUCCAACUAGCCGUUGCCACCCGAAAUAACCUAGUGGAAACGUUCUCAAUAUCCACGAAGGAGAAAUCAAAAAAAGGCAAGACGGAAGACGAGCCGAAUUACGAUCGCACGCAUUCCGUGGAUCUGCCGGGUCAUCGCGCAGAUGUGCGCGCGCUGACAUUAAGCUCGGACGAUCGCAUGCUCGCAUCGGCGUCGAAUGGUGGACUGAAGAUUUGGAAUGUCCAGACGCGAAAUUGUCUGCGGACGCUCGAGUGCGGAUACGCGCUUUGCGCCGCGUUCCUUCCUGGCGACAAGAUUGUGGUGGUGGGGACGAAAUCCGGCGAACUGGAGCUCUUCGACAUCGCCACGGCGACCCUGAUUGAGAGAUUCCAGGGCCAUGAAAACGCGGUCUGGACGUUGCAGGUGCACCCAGAUGGACGGUCACUGGUCACCGGGGGUGCCGAUAAAACCGCCAAAUUCUGGAACUUUGAAAUCGUGCAGGAGGAGAUCCCCGGCACUCGACGCACGACGCCGCGCCUUAAAUUAGUCCACAAACGAACGCUGAAGGUCAACGAUGACGUUCUGAGCGUCCGCUUCACACCCGAUGCCCGGUUACUGGCUGUCGCGACGCUGGACAACACCGUCAAAGUCUUCUUCGUCGAUUCCCUCAAGCUCUUCCUCACCCUCUACGGCCACAAGCUCCCCGUCCUCAAUAUGUCCAUCUCCUCCGAUAGCAAGAUCAUCGCCACCUGCAGCGCUGACAAGAACGUCCGCCUCUGGGGCCUCGACUUCGGCGACUGCCACAAGGCCUUCUUCGCGCACAACGACAGCAUCCUGAACGUCGCCUUCAUCCCGCACCCGGUCUCCAAGGAAGACGCCCACUUCUUCUUUAGCGCCAGCAAGGACCGCCUGAUCAAAACAUGGGACGGUGACAAGUUCGAGCACGUCCAGAAACUCGACGGCCACGCCGGCGAGAUCUGGGCCAUGGCCGUCAGCCGCACCGGCGACUUCCUCGUCACCGCCUCCCACGACAAGAGCCUCCGCAUCUGGUCCCAGUCCGACGAACCCAUCUUCCUCGAGGAAGAGCGCGAGAAGGAACUCGAGGACCUCUAUGAAUCCACCCUCGAGGCCAACCUCGCCGACGACGUCGACGGUGACGCUGGCGACAAAUCCGAGGUCGCGGCUGCGUCCAAACAGACCGUCGCGACGCUCACCGCCGGCGAGCGCAUCGCGGAGGCGCUCGAAUUGGGGUACGCGGACCUGCAGCUGGUGAACGAAUGGACGGCGCAGAAGGCCACGAACCCGAAGCUCGCGCCGCCGGCGCGCGACCCACUGUUCCUCGCGCUGAACCAAAUCUCGGCGGAGAAGCACGUGCUGAACACGAUCAUGCGGAUCCCGGCAGCGCAGCUGCAGGACGCGCUACUCGUGCUCCCGUUCGCGACGGUGGGGCCUUUGUUCACGUUCGUGGGGAUCUGGCUGCGGCGGCAGUGGGCGACGGGGAUAGCUUGCCGGGUGCUGUUCUUCAUGCUGCGGACGCAUCAGCGGCAGGUGGUGGCGAGUCGGGAGCUGAAGGGGAUGUUGGAGGCGAUGCGGGGGGAUUUGGGGCGGACGUUGGGGAUCGCGAAGGAUGUGAUGGGAUUUAAUCGGGCGGCGUUGGGGUUUGUGGCGGAGAGGGUGAGGGAAAAGGGGGAGCGGCGGAUUGAGGAUGUAGAGGCAGCGGAUGAGAGUAAGGGGAGGAGGAAGCGGGCGUUUGUGGACGUGGGGUGA